AUGCUAUUUCUAUUUGUCCUGGUGUGUUUAUCGCACUCUUUCACGUUUGAAGAGUGGGUCAAGAAACACAACAAACAUUUUACAACCGCAGAGAUUCUCCGACGUCGGGCGAUAUUUGUCGACAACCUCAAUUAUGUAAUUGCCAAUGACAACACCAAAGAGUAUCGUCUUUCUGUCGAAGGUCCAUUUGCCUCAAUGACAAACGAAGAGUACAAAACACUCCUUCAUUCUGUUCCACCACCAACGCAACCUUCUUCAGCAGUUAAAAGUGUGUCUUCUUCUCCAAAUUCAUUUGACAUGAGGAGUGUUAAUGAGAAGAAUUGUGUGACUGAUCCCCGGGACCAAGGAAAUUGUGGGUCUUGUUAUGCGUUUGCCACUGCCAGUUUAAUAGAGUCGAAGAUGUUGUAUAAGUACUCGGACUUGAAUCGAGCAAAUUACUAUCUGUCUCCCGCGGAGAUCAUUUCCUGUGCAUAUAAAUAUGGCGCAAGUGGCUGUGACGGGGCUCCUUUGAAUUCUGCUUUUGACUAUAUCAAAAGCAAAGGCAUUGGGUCAGAGAGUUCAUUCCCAUAUACUACGAAAGACGAUUACUGUAAGUCGACUCCGCGAGUCGCGGAGUUGGACAGUUACCAUUAUAAGAAUUGUGCUGGUGAAGACUCGUGUCAUCGAGACUUGAUCUAUUCCUACAAAGGCACUGUAGUCGCUUUUGAUGCUUCAAGGGCAAACUUCCAAUUGUACACCAAAGGGAUUUAUAAAGACCGAUGCAAGACAGAUAACCCCACACAUACCGUUCAUGUCAUUGGAUAUGGUGUUGAUGAGGAGGGCAUUCAGUAUUUCAUUGCAAAGAACUCAUAUGGCAAAACUUGGGGAGAAAAUGGGUACUUCAGAAUCAGCGCAGCAGACAAUAUGUGUGGUUUCUCUAACUACGUCUACUAUGCGGGUGAAGUAGAUAAGGCAUAA